GUUAAAAUCGAAAGCAGAUCGACGCUGUGAACAGCGACCUCCGGCGCUCCGACGGCCGCCGACGAGCCGCUCACCUCCGGGAUGUCGCUGUCAAAUCAACUCCGGACGCCCGCAGCUGGAUUCAGUUUCGAAAACACAGCAAGGAAUGCUGCCUUGGAGGGUCACCUGGACGGACAGACCCCCAAAGCCCUGAAAACAGGCACCACCAUAGCAGGAGUGGUGUUCAAGGAUGGGGUGGUUCUGGGCGCCGACACGAGAGCCACGUCCAGUGAAGUGGUGGCAGAUAAGGCGUGUGCCAAGAUCCAUUACAUUUCUCCAAAUAUAUAUUGUUGUGGAGCAGGUACAGCAGCAGAUACAGAGAAGACCACGGACCUCCUCUCCUCCAACCUCGCCAUCUUCUCUCUGAACAGCGGGAGGAACCCUCGCAUCAUCAUGGCCGUCAACAUACUGCAGGAUAUGUUGUACAGGUAUCACGGGCACAUCGGAGCCAGUCUCAUACUGGGAGGAGUAGACUGCACUGGGAACCACAUGUACACAGUGGGGCCAUAUGGGAGUGUCAACAAGGAACCAUACGUUGUUAUGGGAUCUGGUGAUUUGGCUGCACUUGGGAUUCUAGAGGAUGGAUAUAAACCUGGUCUGGAGCUGGAAGAGGCGAAGGAGCUGGUGCGCGGUGCCAUCCAGGCAGGCAUCAUGAAUGACCUCGGAUCAGGACACAACAUUGAUAUCUGCGUUAUCACCAAACGAGGUGUAGACUACAUCAGACCCUACCAGGAGUCCAAGUACAAAGACAACAGGAAACACAAGUACACAUAUCGUCCAGGCACCACCGCGGUUUUGUCAGAGAAAGUUAUUCCUUUGAAGCUGGAGGUUGUGCAGGAGACGGUGCAGCGGAUGGACACGGACACAGCCUGAGCCAUUUAAAACCAACAUCCUUUUUUUUUUCUUUUUAUCAGCAAACAUGUUUUAAACAAACAUCUGUCUCAAGGGUUUGAUCGAGUCUUCUGCUGCUACAUUCCAACAUGACUAAUUGUUCAGAAAAUGUCGUUAAUCUGUUAAUAAAAGAAUAAGAUUAUAACACUGAUUUUUACAAUAUGUAUUACACAUUAAAAACCAUAAAUAAAAUAUUUAUAAACAGC